CUUGCUGUAAAAGAAAACUCAAGCGUGGACUGAUACUUUUGUGCAGAACAGUAUCAACAUGACAUUAGCAUGACUGAUAAAAACGGAUUGCUUCUCUAUAUCGUUUAGUUUAAAUUAAUUUCAAAUUCACAUUUUAUAGAAAGGACUAUUUUUUGUCAGCUUCAGAACCGCAGCUUUGUAUUCCUACGCCUGCGUUUCUGUUUCUGCAUUUGGUCGUGUCAGCAGCAGGAGGACGUGUGGAAUAUUCUGGGUAGAACAGAGGGCUGUAGCAGCGUUAUUUUAACACUCUGAAGAAGAAAACUCUGGACAGAAGAUGGCUUUUUGUCGGAGAACAUUUAUGGAGGACUCUCGGUGUUGUUGUUGUUUAUUUGGAAUUUUACAUAUCCAGCUUUCGACGAAGUACCUCGAUUUUAAAACUGGGAGACAUAAGCUAGAACCACCGGGGUUGUCUAUGGAUGCUUGGAGUUAAUUUUGCGUGUUUUUAUGUUUGUAGUUUUGCUGGAGCUGAAGGCUAUUUUUAGUUUCCAUUAGCUCUGGAUUGAGACACCUCCCUGUUCUGGAACUACUUUUCCUCGUGACGUUUUCCCCAUACUUUGUUGCCCCGCCCACAAGCAGGCGGUUUGACACAAUGAGAGUCAGAACCACUCAGUCAAUGGUGAGCACAUCAUUGAGGUGAGGUCAUAAAAAUCCACACAGAGGAAACUAAAGAUGUGGCGGGCAAUCAUUCUGUUGGCAGCUGUUCAUGUCCCCUCCACCGUGAACGGCUCGUCUUUCAGAAUGCCUGACAACGCCACGUGUUACAAUUCUUCUGACCCAGCCGCCCUGAAUGCCUCACUGCUGUACAACGAUCUUUCAGACAUCGGGGGGCUCUGGAAUCGAGACGAUCUACAGAAACCUCUUCCCUUUUGCUCUGAUAUCUGGAACCUUUUGUCAGAUCACUCAUGUGUGGUCUGCAGAGACAAGCAGGUGUUUGCUGUUUGUCAAAACCUGUCUGAUAAUGCGGAUCUGCGGAUGGAGGGUUCAUCAGGAGCCAUCAGAAUCUCCAGAUGUGCGUGCGAUCAGCUACCCAUGACAGUUGAAAUUCCAACAUCCGCUCCGACAUCCGCUCCGACAUCUGCUCCGCCCGCACCAACACCUGCUGGAAACAAGUUGUACUGGCUGGUCCCCACUGUCGUCGUCGUCAUCGUCAUCGUUAUCAUCAUCAUCAUUGUCCUAGCAGUUAUCUUCAGGAGGAAAAGACGAUCAGAGGACAAUCCAGACCCAGAGGCUGCUGCCAUGAAAGAACUUCUGAACGGUGUCCCGCCGAGGGAUGUGAUGACUGCUGCAAACGGACAUGUUUGAUGAAGACGGGCUGCACGGUGGCGCAGUGGUUAGCGCUCUUGCCUCACAGCGAGAAGGCCCCGGUUCGACUCCCGGCUGGGACCUUUCUGUGUGGAGUUUGCAUGUUCUCCCCGUGCAUGCGUGGG